GGUAAUAAUGAAAAUUUAUGUGGGAAUGGUACUACCUGUAGAUCAGGUCGAAAGAAUACGAAUGGGGCAUUUCUCUCUGCCAUAAUCAUUCCAACAGUUGCCAUCAUUGCAUUAUUUGUUACCUUAAUUGUUCUGCUGCGCCGAACACGCAAGGAAAAAGCUAAGAGAGAGGCUACUAGUCCCAAAGAUGAAACAGUAUUACUUGAGAACUGAGAAUUCUCAUACGGAGAACUGAAGCAUAUUACAAAUAAUUUUAGCCAAGAGAUUGGCAAAGGUGGGUUUGGAGCUGUCUUCCUUGGUUACUUGGAGAAUGGAAACCCAGUUGCUGUGAAACUUCGGUCAGAGUCAUCUUCACAAGGGAAUAAAGAGUUCUGGCUGAGGCUCAACAUUUGACAAGGAUACAUCAUAAGAACUUGGUAUCCUUGAUCGGCUAUUGCAAGGACAAAAAUCAUUUGGCCCUUGUCUAUGAGUACAUGCCUGAAGGGAACUUGCAGGAUCAUCUGAGAGGUUGUUUGUCAUAGCUAGUUUAAUGUAGGAAAAAUUCCUCACAUGCCACUGGUUAAACCCUAAAUCCCUCAUAUGCCACUGUGAUUGUGGAGGGUUCCACAUGUCAUAGACACAUCGAUGGCAUAUGAGGGAUUGCAAGUUUUUUUUUGGGUGGCAAAUAAGGAACGAAAUUGCCCUUAGAUAUAGGUGCUUAUAUAAGAUAAUCCUGGUUUUAGGUUCCAAAAUUAGAAAUUAGCUCUGCGCUAUAUUUUGACAUUCAAAUUGCUGAGGAAUGCUACAUUUCUCAAAGAAGCAAUUCAUUUUAGAGUGAAUUUAUUUUAGAGUGAAUGAUGUGCAUGCGUUUUAACAACAUUUAUUUUAAGUCUAUACUGAUCGUGUUCGAUUUCUUCUUCUUUUGUUUUACUCGGUGUUCGAUUUCUGUUGAUAUGCUUAGACACUUCUCUAGUAAAUCACUCACUUGGGAGCAACGUCUUCAAAUUGCCCUUGAUGCUGCUCAAGGUCUGGAGUACCUGCAUGUUGCGUGUAAACCAGCAUUGAUUCACAGAGAUGUAAAGAGUAGGAACAUCCUCUUGACCACAGACCUUGGGGCUAAGAUUGCUGAUUUUGGUCUCACCGAGGCUUUCAGCGACUUAAAGACACAUAUCACCACUGAACCAGCUGGUACAAUGGGCUACAUGGAUCCUGAGUCAACAGGAGGAUGGAGGAUAAUGAUUUAAGCGGCACACCAAAGCUAUGUCACCAUUAGCUAUCUCCUGGACCAAAUUUUCUGAGUUCGAAUGGAAUUGGGCUUGCUUUUCUCAGUGAUCAUAAGGGUGAAUAGGAAGCAUGAAGCUAUGUGUUGCAGUUCUCCUAUUCUGCAUCUUGAAGCAUACCAGUGGCCAGCCUGAUAGCCGAGGUUUCAUAAGCAUUGAUUGUGGCAUCCGGGAGAACUCUUCGUACCAAGAUCUCGCUUCAAGCAUAGUAUAUGUCUCAGACCAUGAUUUUAUCAGCUCAGGACAAAACCGCAACAUCUCUUCAAACUACAUCAAACCAUCGCUAGCAUGGCGCAAUUAUAAUGUCCGCUUCUUUCCAGAUGGCACGAGGAAUUGCUACACCUUGAGAUCCUUGGUUGCAGGAAACAAGUACUUUGUUCGUGCAACCUUCUACUAUGGAAACUACGAUGGCCUGAACAAGCUUCCUGUAUUUGAUCUGUACCUGGGGACAAAUUAUUGGCAUGAAGUUCAGUUCAGUGGUCCAACUUCAGUUAAUUGGAUGGACAUCAUAGUUGCAGCUCCUGCUGAUUACCUGCAAGUUUGUUUGGUGAACAAAGGGAUGGGAACUCCAUUUAUAUCUGGGCUGGAUUUGAGGCCAUUGAAGAGUACUCUUUAUCCAGAGUCAAAUUCUAGUCAAUCUCUUGUGCUGAUCAAUUCUAAUCGGUUUAACAUGGGGCCCACAGACAAUUCCAUAGUCCGGUACCCGUUGGAUCCCCACGAUCGCCUCUGGUCCACAUAUGACACAAUCCCAAGCUGGAAAGAGACAUCCGCAACAUCUGUUGUUCAGAAUUACCUAACUGAUGCCUACGAUGUGCCAUCAGCUGUCAUGCAAAAUGCCGCAACACCUGUCAAUGGCUCAAGAAUUGAUUUCUCAUGGGAUCCAUCUGAUCCCUCAGUCAAUAUCAGCUCCAGAUACUUCUUUGUUUUCUACUUUGCUGAGUUGCAGAGUGUAGCAAGCAAUACACUGCGACAGUUUGAUAUCAUUGUCAAUAACAGCACAUGGAACACAAAACCUUACACUCCACCUUUCCUCUUUGCCGAUUCCAUUUCUGGCAUUGUUCAGGGGCAGGAAACGUAUAACAUCUCACUUGUUGCUACAAAAAAUGCAACGCUCCCACCUAUUCUCAAUGCCAUGGAGAUGUAUUUGAUGAAACCAAUAACUGAGACUGCAACCAAUCCUGGAGAUGCUAGAGCCAUGAUGGCAAUACAAGAAACUUUUGGUGUGAGCAAAAACUGGAUGGGUGACCCAUGUGCUCCAAAAGCUUUUGCAUGGGAAGGAUUGAACUGUACCUAUCCUCGAGCUGGUCUCUCAAGAAUAACAGCAUUAAACUUGUCUUCGAAUGGGUUGGCUGGCUCCAUUACUACUUAUUUUGGAGAUCUAAAAGCACUCCAGUACCUGGAUUUGUCACACAACAACUUAUAUGGCUCCAUUCCAGAUGUUCUUGGGCAGCUCCCAUUACUAGUUUUUCUGGAUCUCUCCAGCAAUGAUCUUAGUGGACCAAUUCCUUACAGUCUUCUUAAAAAAUCGCAAAAUGGGACUCUAUCAAUAAGGCUCGGUAAUAAUGCAAACUUAUGUGGGAAUGGUACCACCUGUGGAUCAGGUCGAAAGAAAAUUAAUGGGGCAAUUCUUACUGCCAUAAUCAUUCCAACAGUUGCCGUUAUUGCCUUAUUUGUUAUCUCAAUUUUUCUGCUGUGCCGAAUACUCAAGGAAAAAGCUAAGAGAAGGGCUAGUAGUCCCAAAGAUGAAACAGCAUUACUUGAAAACCGUGAAUUCUCUUACAGAGAACUAAAGCAUAUUACGAAUAAUUUUAGACAAGAGAUCGGCAAAGGUGGGUUUGGAGCUGUCUUCCUUGGUUACUUGGAGAAUGGAAACCCAGUUGCUGUGAAAGUGCGCUCAGAGUCAUCUUCACAAGGGGGUAAAGAGUUUCUGGCUGAGGCUCAGCAUUUGACAAGGAUACAUCAUAAGAACUUGGUGUCCUUGAUUGGCUAUUGCAAGGACAAAAAUCAUUUGGCCCUUGUCUACGAGUACAUGCCUGAAGGGAACCUGCAGGAUCAUCUGAGAGACACUUCUACUAGUAAAUCACUCACUUGGGAGCAACGUCUUCAAAUCGCCCUUGAUGCUGCUCAAGGUCUGGAGUACCUGCACGUUGGAUGUAAGCCAGCAUUGAUCCACAGAGAUGUGAAGAGUAGGAACAUCCUCUUGACCACAGACCUUGGUGCUAAAAUUGCUGAUUUUGGUCUGACCAAGGCUUUCAGUGACUCAAAAACACAUAUCACUACUCAACCAGCUGGUACAAUGGGCUACUUAGAUCCUGAGUAUUACCGAAGUUACCACAUCAGCGAGAAGAGUGACGUCUACAGCUUUGGUGUUGUUCUCCUGGAGCUCAUCACCGGCCAUUCCCCCGUCGUGCCAAUAAACGACAGCGUGAGCAUCCACAUUGGCGAGUGGGUGCACCAAAACCUGGAUCAAGGCAGCAUCGAGAGCAUCAUAGACUCAUCGAUGGGAGGCGAUUACGACAUCAACUCCAUCUGGAAAGUUGCCGACCUGGCACUGCAUUGCAAGCAAGAAGUGUUCAGGGAGCGGCCUACGAUGACAGACGUUGUGGUGCGGAUCAAGGAGAUCAUGGAGCUCGAGGCCCGCCGUGAUCGAGAGAUGAACCCAGCGUUGGCUGGGGGUGAUCAGAGCUAUGCCGGCGAGACAAGUGUGUCUGAGGUAGAAGGAAGCGUUGGGAUAUCAGAGGCUUCGCCUGGUCCGGCUAUGAGAUAGAGGCUUGAUCUUUCACUGAAGUGCUAGGGUUGCUCAGGUUAAGAAGCCCUCUUCAGUUACACAUUGGAGCUUGGCACAUGUCUGUUUGGAAACUUGCGAUCAGUUCUUGUUUGAAGUAGAGUUGAAGUUAGCAUAAGAUGGUACUCUGGCUGUAACCUGAAAAUGGCACUCGAUGUUUUGCCAUGUUUCUUUGCUGGUUUCGAUCGCGUGGCCAUAACUUUUCCAUCUAUGUGGUGGUGGUGGUGAUGUUAUGAUAGUUUUGUCCGGAUUUGAAGAUGCUGAUGCAAAGUGUUAUCCAGAAAGAACAGAUGUUGAUGCAUGAUUAAAAACCACUUCGAAGGCA